UUAAAGGAAACCUGGAAGUCAGACAGCUCGCUUUCUUUUGGAACCUAAGUUUGUUUUCCUGUAAAUUUCUCUUGAACCAGGUGUCACAGGGUGGACUGUAAGAGCUGGAAUUAACUCAGCAGGUUUAACUUGUGAAGUCUUAAAGCUGUUAAACUGGAUUAUGAAUGGAUGGAUAAAAGCGUGUGGAUAGGCCUAUAAAGUCCAUGGCCAGUGACAGACCAAAGAUGAGCGUCCAUGGGAAGGAUGAAGAGGGCAGAGCGAAGUCUCCAGCAUCCGUCUGUCUGAGUGACCAGUCCAAAGACACUCCUCUGGCCUUCAGGGAUGAACCUGAAAUAUCAAACAAAAAACCAAAGAUGAGUGUCCAUGGGAAGGAUGAAGAGGGCAGAGCGAAGUCUCCAGCAUCCGUCUGUCUUAGUGACCAGUCCAAAGACACUCCUCUGGCCUUCAGGGAUGAACCUGGAAUAUCAAACACAAAAGAAAGGAAAAGGACUAGUGUAGUUAUCGAGGAGCAGCCGUCAUGUUGUGCUUUGUGCAACGAGGUCCUGAGGGAUCCAGUCUCCACCAGCUGUGGACAUUACGUCUGCGAGCAAUGCACUGAAUCAUGCUGGGAGCAGUGUAAUUCAACAGGAGAUUUCUCUUGUCCCUGCUGUGGUAAACGAUCCAGAAAAAGCCCUGAAGUGCAGACACCCACUCAAACCAGCACUGCACUCUUGACUGACAGUCUGCCAGAGGUUUUAGAGAAUCACAAAAUCAGUCUUCGAAAGAGAUGUGAAUUUGCAGUAGAAGGAACCGCUGAAGUAGGAUCUGGAACCCACCUGAAUAGGAUCUACACUGAGCUCUACAUCACUGAGGGAAAUUGUGAAGGAGUUAAUAUCCAGCAUGAGGUGUGGCAACUUGAGACAGUAUCCAAAAUGGAGGCCGUGCAUGACACUCCAAUCAAAUGCCAUGAAAUCUUUAAGGUUUUACCUGGCCAGAGGAGAUUCAUAAGAGUAGUUCUGACGAAUGGCAUUGCUGGCAUUGGAAAAACUUUCUCAGUUCAGAAGUUUACUCUGGACUGGGCAGAGGGCUUGGAAAAUCAAGAUGUCAGCCUUGUGAUUCUUCUUUCGUUUCGGGAGCUGAACUUGAUCAGAGAGAAGCAGUACAGUCUUCUCAGGCUGCUUCGUGAUUUUGACCCAACACUUCACCUGAUGGCAGCAGAGAACCUAGCUGUGUGUAAGGUUUUGUUAAUCUUCGACGGCCUGGAUGAAAGCAGGCUUGUGUUGGAUUUCCAGAACAAUGAGGUCGUGUCAGACGUCACACAGACAUCAUCAAUCAACAUGCUGUUGAUAAACCUCAUCAAGGGGAAUCUACUUCCCUCAGCUCUCCUUUGGAUAACUUCAAGACCUGCAGCAGCCAAUCAGAUCCCACCUUCUUAUGUUGAUCGUGUAACAGAGGUACGAGGAUUCACUGACACUCAGAAGGAGGAGUAUUUCAGGAGGAGAUUCACAGAGGAGUCGGUGUCAAGCAGAAUCAUCUCACACAUCAAGGCAUCAAGGAGCCUCCACAUUAUGUGUCACAUCCCAGUUUUUUGUUGGAUCACUGCUACGGUUCUUGAGCAUAUGUUGACUACAGACCAAAAACAGCUUCCCAAGACACUGACUGACAUGUACUCACACUUUCUGCUGGUUCAGACCAAGAGGAAGAGACAGAAGUAUAAAAACGGGCAUGAAAUGAUCCAACAGGAGCCAAGGCAGAUUAACAGGGAAGUCCUUCUGAAGUUGGGGAGACUUGCGUUUGAACAUCUGGAAAAAGGGAACAUCAUGUUUUACCAAGAGGACUUGGAGCGAUGUGGUCUUGAUGUCACAGAGGCCUUAGUUUUCUCAGGACUGUGCACAGAGAUCUUCAAAAGAGAGCGUGCGCUCUUUCAGAAAAUGAUUUACUGUUUUGUUCAUUUAAGUGUUCAGGAGUUUCUUGCAGCUGUCUACAUGGUCCACUGUUACUUGAACAAGGACAUAGAUGUAUUGGCAACAUUCCUGGGAGAAGACUGGGAUACAAACAGCAGUGAGCCAGGGAUGGAUAGCUUCCUCAGCAGAGUUGUGGACAAAUCUGUGAACAGUGGAAAUGGCCACCUGGACCUCUUUGUUCGCUUCCUUCAUGGCCUGUUAUUGGAGUCCAACCAUCAUCUCUUAGGAGGUCUGCUGGGCUGGACAGCUAGCAGUCCAGAAAGCAUCCAGACAGCAAUAAACAACCUGAAGAAGAUGAACGCUUACGACAUCUCUCCUGACAGAAGCAUCAACAUCUUUCACUGUUUGAUGGAGAUGAAUGACCACUCAGUACAUCAGGAGAUCCAAGAGUACCUUCAGUCAGAGAACAGAGCAGAGAAGAAACUCACGAAGACCCAUUGCUCAGCUCUUGCCUACAUGCUGCAGAUGUCAGAGGAGGUUCUACAUGUGUUGGAUCCAAAGAAGUACAACACAUCAGUUGAUGGUAGACGGAGAUUGCUCCCAGCUGCCAGAAACUGCAGAAUUGCUCGGCUCUCUGCUUGUGGACUCUCUGAGAAGCACUGUGAAGUUCUGUCCUCAGCUCUGAUGGCCAACCCCUCCCAUCUGCGAGAGAUGGAUCUGAGUGAAAAUGACUAUAUUCUGGAUUCAGGAGUGAAGUUGCUGUCUGUUGGACUGGAGAGUCCAAACUGCAAACUGGAGAUACUAAGAUUGAAGAACUGCAGUUUGUCUGAAAGUUGUUGCAAUUCUCUGGCAUCAGCCCUGAAGUCCACCUCGUCCCAUCUGAGAGAGCUGGACCUGAGUAACAACAACUAUCUGAAGGAUUCAGGUGUGAAAGUUCUGUCUGCUGGACUGGAGAGUCCACACUGUGGACUGGAGACUCUGAGAUUAAGUUGCUGCAGGCUGUCAGAGAGCUGCUGUGCACAUCUGGCCUCAGCUAUCAAGUCCAACCCCUUCCGUAUGAGAGAGUUAGACCUGAGUAAAAACAAAGUGAAGGACUUAGGCGUGAAUCUUCUGUCUGCUGCACUGGGGAGUCCUGAAUGUAGACUAAAGACUUUGAGGCUUGAUAGAUGUGGGCUGACGGAGAACUGCUGUGCCUCUUUGGCCUCAGCUCUCAAGUGCGACCCCUCCAGCCUGAGAGAGUUGGAACUGAGUAACAACGACCUGCAGGAUUCGGGAGUGAAGCUGCUGUGUGAAGGACUGGAGAGUCCACAUUGUAGACUGGAAGCUCUGAGGUUGAGUUCCUGCUGGUUGUCAGAAAGCUGCUGUGCUCCUCUGGCUUCUGCUUUAAUGUCAAACACCUCCAGUCUGAGAGAGCUUGACCUCGGUGAAAAUGAUCUACUGGAUUCAGGAGUGAAGAUGCUGUCUGGUGGACUGGAGAGUCCACACUGUAGACUGGAGACUUUGAGGUUGAUACACUGUCGGGUCACAGAUGAAGGCUGUGCUUUUCUGGCAUCAGCUCUGAAGUCAAACCCAUCCUGUCUGAGAGAGCUGGACCUGAGUAAAAACAACCUGCAGGAAUCUGGAGUGAAGCUGCUGUCUGAGGUCCUGGAGAGUCCACACUGUAGACUGGAGACUCUCAGAACGGAAGACGUGGUGUAAACCUAGAGUGUAGCUCAUCACUGACUCUGGGGCUGCCACCAUCACCACAUCAAAGUUGUGCCUUAACCGCAGUCAGAGAUUUGUUCAGAAGUAUUUCUUCAGAAGCCACAAGACUAUUUUGAUUUUACACUGACUGCCCAUAUGUUAAGAGGAAUUCUUUGUCAUGCUUGCAGGAGGUAUGGUUAUUUCUAUGCUGUGGCAAAGGGAUGUAAUGGCAGUGUUCCUUAAAGCAAGUUGUAACUAAAUUUCAGCACUAAAUGUAUAAUCGCUGACAAACCUGUGAUAAAUUGUAUUUAAAAUGUCUGUAUAUAUUCAGGGUAUAGAACAGUUUUUUUCAGUUAACAUGUGUGGACUUGUGUGUAUAGAAUGUUCAACAAACAUCAUUUUACAUUGCUAGAUUUGCUAAGAGAGAGUUUGUUAAGGGAAUUUGACAUUUUAGGAAACAUGCUUGUUCGCUCUGGUGGAGUGUUAGCUUUCUACAUAAGAAUAUCAAUACUACUCGCCAAUGGUCGGUUAGCUUGGCUUUGCAAAAAUGCUGGAAACAAAGGAAAACAGCUAGCCUGGCUAGCAGUAACUUCAGGCAACCAUCAACGACUCAAGGAAGUUACUAGCCCCAACCAAGAAGUAGUCCUGCACAUGACCCCAAUAAAACAGUGAAUGAUUGUUGUUAACCUUC